CUCUCCACUGAAUAAGUAAUGGCGAUGCUUGCAAGAUGAUGGAAGAGGGACCUCAAUCAAACCACGGUGGCCAGUAUGGCCCAAAUGUCGGAGGGAAUAAUUUCAACGGAAAACCUAACCAAGAGGAAUAUGGACAGCGUCAGCAGUAUUCAAUGCCAGGGAUUCUUCAUUUUCUCCAAACAGAAUGGGCUCGGUUUGAGAUGGAAAGAUCGCAAUGGGAAGUUGAAAGAGCAGAAUUGCAGGCUCGCAUAGCAUUCCUUCAGGGAGAGAGAAAAGGACAAGAAAAUCUGAAACAGGAUUUAGUACGCAGAAUAAAAAUGCUGGAGUUUGCUUUAAAACAAGAAAGGGCUAAAUAUCACAAAUUAAAAUAUGGAACAGAACUGAAUCAGGCAGACAUAAAACCACCAGACUUCGACAAGAAAACAGAAGAAGAAAUUUUAGAUCCUGAGCCAGUUACAAGUUCCAACAGCAAUGCCUCCUGGAGGCAAGGACGGCAAUUACUUAGACAAUAUCUUCAAGAAAUAGGGUACACGGAUACAAUAAUAGACGUGAGGUCAUCUCGAGUGCGGUCACUGUUAGGACUUCAGCCAUUGUCAGAAAAUGAAUCUGAAGCAGGCCAACACAUGGUGAAUGGAGAUGGAAAAGGUCAAACAAGACUUAAUGAAUAUGGACAAGCUAGAAGAAUACAAGGCAAGAAAAUUCCCACCUCAAUAGCAGAAGGUCCUCUGAUAGAUAGUGAAGCAUCUGUGCUGGCCACAUUUGAUUUCCUGGCUGCAGAAAAUGUGGUGGAUGAUGAGGAUGAUAGUGAUGAGAAUGAAGAUGGGGUUCCUGUUGAUGAAGAGGCCGAGGAAAGAGCUGAGAAAAGAAGGGCAAAACCAAAAGCCCUGGGAAAUGAGAGCAUGGCAGGAAUGGAGGAUGUCCUAUCUGAUCCAGAUACAGAGGAAGCUUUAGCAGAGUUUGAUUUCUUGGUAUCAGAGAGUGGGGAAGGGGCUGGCGAAGCAAGGAGUCAGGGAGAUGGCACUGAGUGGGAGAAGAAAGAUCUCUCUCCUAAUGAAGAAUGGGGUGUUGACCAGCAACUUAUUUCUAAGCUUAAAGAACAGUACAAGAAAGAGAGGAAGGGGAAGAAGGGAAUUCAAAGGCCCAAGAGGUCAACUCUUCAGGCCAUGCUAGCCAACCUAGGGAAUGAUGAAGAGAUGCCAGCACUCCAGUCUGGGAGUGCCAGUCCACCCAGGGGAAACGCACCAGAAAUUGAUGAUUCAGGUAUCCCUGGUGAUGACGAUGCUUUAGAAGCUGCCCUAGGUUUAGGAGAAUUAGCCGGAUUAACUGUGUCCAAUGAAGCUGAUCCUUUAUGCUAUGACAUAUCUGCAACAAAUGAAGCAUUUAGGAAAACUUGGAAUGCCAAAUAUACACUUAGAAGUCAUUUUGAUGGAGUCCGGGCGCUUGUGUUCCAUCCUGUGGAACCUGUGCUUAUAACUGGUUCUGAAGACCACACACUGAAACUGUGGAACCUUCAGAAAACUGUGCCAGCCAAGAAAGCUGCGUCCUUGGAUGUGGAGCCAAUCUACACAUUCAGAGCACAUGUGGGCCCCGUAUUGUGCUUGGCAAUGAGUGCCACAGGAGAGCAGUGCUUCAGUGGAGGCAUUGACUCCACCAUUAGGUGUUGGAAUAUUCCCAGUUCUAAUAUUGAUCCGUAUGAUUCAUUUGACCCCAGUGUGUUGGCUGAUACCCUGGUUGCCCACACAGAUGCUGUUUGGGGUCUCUCAGUUCACAGCUCUAGAAUGCAGCUCCUGUCCUGCUCGGCUGAUGGCACAGUCAGGUUAUGGAAUCCAGGGACAAGUAAUCCACUACUUAGCACAUUCACUGUGGAAAAUGAGGGUGUGCCCACAUCUAUGGAUUUUGUUCGUUGUGAGCCUAACCAGAUGGUUGCCUCUUAUUCCUCCAACAACACAUUCAUUUUUGACAUGGAAACUGCCAAACAAGUUAUCAAGUUGGAAACUGCAGAAGGUAAAGAUUCCCCCAAUGGGCGCAUAAAUAGACUUAUCAGCCAUCCCACCCUCCCAGUCACAAUUACAGCUCAUGAAGAUAGGCACAUUAGGUUUUAUGAUAAUAACACAGGGAAAAUGUUGCAUUCUAUGGUAGCUCACUUAGACGCUGUAACCAGUCUAGCAGUAGAUCCAAAUGGUUUAUAUUUAUUAUCAGGAAGUCAUGAUUGUUCAAUACGACUCUGGAAUCUGGACAGCAAAACAUGCGUCCAAGAGAUUACCUCCCAUAGGAAGAAAUUUGACGAAUCCAUCUUCGAUGUCGCCUUUCAUCCAUCAAAACCAUACAUUGCCAGUGCAGGAGCCGAUGCUUUGGCAAAAGUGUUUGUAUGAUGAACUGGAACAUAAUCUAGGCACCUGACAUUUAAUAAACAAUACAUAAAGACUAUAAUUAAUUAAUUAAUGUGUAUAGAAUCGAUGAUGGUACGUGGUGUACAUGUAUAUUUAAGAUUAUAAUUUGUGCUUGUUUUGAGAGACUUAUUGGCACUAUAGCCUUGUGGAGAGGUAGAACUAAAUUGUUAUUAUGCAAUCAGGUUUUCAGAUCAUGAUCUAAUAAAAACAUGCAUAUCUCUAUUAAACCAGUGUAAGGUAGUAGAUGACAGAGAUAACAUGUAUUUGGAAAUGGAAUCAACAACACUAUACCAGGUGGUUGUUGUUUUUAGCAAAAGCGUAAACAGUACCCUAAAUAACGAUUCACAACCCAGUUUGGAUUUUAGGCGAAGUGAAAAAAACUUAAUACUUUCAAAUUUAUAAUUAUACAACUAAUUACGCCUUUGAUAAAAUUCAAUUAAAAUUAUGUUGUAAGUAAUAAAGUCAAAAGGAGCUAGCCAGGGGUGAAUAUUUAGAUGUAAGGUCUCUAUUUAUUUAUGAGUAUGUUUUAUUUCAAUGCAAACUAGCUUUAAUGCAUUAACUUUUUGAAGCGUGAAUGAGUAAGUACCACACUACAGUUCUUUCAUUUAACAUCGCGUAGGUUUAUAAAACAUUAGACAGCUAAAAACAUACAGCAGCUGUUUUUCUCCACAUUUCAUAUCUAGAUGUUAUUUAUUGACUUGUUCGGUUAUAAUAGUAAGAUAAUUUAGAUCAAAUUGUCGGUUAUUUAAACCAUUUAGAAAAGUUCCACAUGUUUUGGGAGGGAAACAUUUCAGUAAUUAAUCUUAUAGUUAUUAAUGACCAUUGUAUUGGUCAUACACCCAAAGGGAAAAGCAUAGGCUUUUCCAAGAGAGAAAAAAAUGUACAAUUAUUUCACAGCAUGGCAUUAUGCAAAACUGCUGUACUCCUAACUCGAUGCAUUUUGAGUUAAUGUUACAAGAAGAAGCUAACCUCAACUAUUUAGAAAUGUACAUUAUUUAAAAACUAGUUUUCUUCUACUGUAGCAUGUAAAAGAUUGGCGAUUAGUGACCAAAAUCAAACUGUUAAUGUAGUGUAAAGAUUUUACCUUGGAGGACUUUGAGUGAGAAGAUAAUAGAUGAAUUGCUGCUGAGAAGUUGGCCACAAAGCUUUGUCAUUAUUAUGAGUACUUUAUUGUUUUAACUGAAGCAAUUAUGAAUGGUAGUGAUACCUAGUUUACAGAACUUCAUUUCUGCUAUGGUCAGUUUAUAUAUUUAAUACCAAAAUGGCACUUUACUGGUGCUUGUUUCAUACUGAACUAAAACAAUAAACAUGUAAUGUGUAAACAA